AUGAUGAUGAUGUGUGAACCUGGACCAAGUUCGCAUCCACGGCCACUUAUUGAGAACCUUGAUAGGUUCAGUGUACAUGAGCUCGAGCAGAUGCGAGAGCGGCAGAUGAAGAUUGUUAAUCGCCCUCGCCGAGUGGCAGCCCCACCCUCCGACGAAACCGAGCGCCGACGUGCACGCCAAAAGGUCGAGACGAUCGAGCUUCGGCUGAUUGCACUCCGAGCCGAGGAAGAGAUGAGCAAUCCUAGGGACCAGACGAAGGACAUCAUUGACCAACUGGAUCUCAUGAACGUGGGCAAACCGGUGCAAGUCGAGCUCAAGGUCAAGACCAAGCUUUCGACACGACCCUAUGGUAUGGCUGCAAACGAGCCUAAUUCGCCCGGGUCCCCACAUGGACCGCCUCAGCUCCGCCCUGCGAUGUCGGAGGAGGAAGCAAUUCAAAUCCAGCGCGAGGCGUAUGCAUUAGCUACUGCAAAGAAAGAGGCUGAUGAGCAACGGCGAGCGCUACACGCCCAGGCAACCAACACGCGUGGGAUCAGCGAAGAAGAGAAGCGUCGGCGGAUCCUUGCAUAUAUGUCGUACAGUGGCGAGUCAGACGAGGAAGACGAUGAUGAUAUGGAUGAUGAUGAUGAUGGCGACGGUGAUGAUCUAUUUGGGGAGUACGAGGAUGAUGAUAUGGAUAUGGAGGCAGAUGAAUAUGGUCUGGGUGGGAUUAUUCGAGUAGACCCAAGUCGUUAUGCGAAUUUCGGUGAUUGA